CUGGGGAAUCAAGUUUAUUAUCGUUUUGGAAAGAUGGCAGCCGUGCAGCCGCCACCCCUCCGGAGCCUGGAUGAUUUUCUCCUGAACUCGGCCCGGUUCGCCGUGCCCGAUGUGCGCGACCUGGACCGCUGGAACAACCGCAUCAUCAACAACCUGCUAUACUACCAGAGCAAUUAUUUCCUGUCCGCACUGGGCCUCCUGCUCAUGGUGGGGUAUUUCCAGCCCUUCCAGUUGUUUGUUGGUGCGAUGGUGGUCACCCUGUUGUUCGUGGGUUUCGUUUGGGCUGCUGAGAAUCAAGCUCCAAUUCGCCGUUUCCGUAGAAACCACCCAUCAAUCACAGUGUUGGCCAUUCUUUUGGCCAGUUACCUUUUCAUGUUGGUGCUGGGAGGUGUGGCUGUGUUCCUGUUUGGGAUAGCCUUCCCUAUACUGAUGGUUCUUCUCCAUGCGUCGGUGAGGCUGCGCAGCCUGAAGAAUAAGCUGGAGAACAAACUGGAGAGCAUCGGUCUGAAGAGGACACCCAUGGGCCUCCUUUUAGAAGCACUAGGCCAGGAACAGGAGGCUGGAUCCUAGGAGGAAAAACGUAGGUACAAGAAGAGGAAACACAGGUGAAGGAGAGAAUUACUGCAGAUCAAGAUGGACAGCAAAAAGAAAAAAGAUAUGUGAAGUACUAAGAGAGUCAAGAACAAAAAGGGUGGUUUGGUUUGUUGUAAGAACUAAUUGGAAGUCAACAGUGACCAAGUAGGCCCAUUAAGUGGUCCAAUAGGAGAAAGUUAGAGAUAUCAUCAUAACAAAAAAUGAUCAAAUCAUCUGCUUUUGCCAGACACUGCAGUUUACAUUACAUUGUUUUAUUUCAUUUAUUUUGACAUGAUGCGUUUCUGUCUUUGCACUACAUAACAAUGCAGUGUCGUAGCCAUAUGGGGACUAUAGACUUAUUCUUCCUUAUUAUGAUGGAUUGUUUUCCACCUUUGAGUCACCAUGUGUUGACACACUGACUUGUGCUCUGUGUGUGUCUCAGAGAUUUGCCAAAUCUAAACAAUAUGUUCUCGGGCUCAACGCGCACAGAGCUGUGACAUCAAUUUAGUCGUUAAUAUAUGGAAAAAAGUCUGACUCUUUUGAAAACGGUUACAAUUUUAUAUGAAAAUGUUAUUAUUAUGUCAAUAUGUUGUUAUAAUUUUUAAAAUAUUGUAGAAAUAUUUCCUUAAGUUAAUACUUUAAGUAAUGACGAAACUUUAUUAUUGAAAUAUUAAUAUUUCUGUCAUGAACUUACAACUCUUUUGCUCUACUUUUUCUUGUAAAAUUACAGCUGUGUUUUAAAAAUUAGGACUUUAUCUCACACAGUUACAAACAUUAAUGAUGGCCAGUUCGCCUUGACCAUCAUUAUAUAUGGGGUUUCUAAAAAAUACAACAGUGUUUUUGAAAAAUUCCUACUUUUUAAGGGUCUACUGUCAGAACAUUUUCUCUCCUCACAGAGGCCCUUGUGAUGGGAGGGAGUGACAUGAUUUAUCUUCUUCCUGCAGCAUCACCUCCUCCAGGGUCUCAGCACACACUUCACACACACAACCAAAACCAAAAUAUUGAUAGUGUGACAUAUAAGUGGUACUUGUAGUAGUACUAAUUAGCCUUUUCAUUCUUUUGCCAUAGCUAGUGUAAAGAGAAACAAAAUAUUAUUCAACUACAAAGAGAUGUAAAUAUGUCCAUGCUGUAAAUGCUGAGCUAAACAACAAGCACAAUGAAGUACCUAUAAAAGUAUCCAAUAUGGCUACAGAACACUACAAGUGUUGUAGAAACGUAAACUUGUGUAAGAUAUAAGUUUGUAUUCUAGGUUUUUUCUCAAAUGUCUUCAUUUGAAAAGGAUCAGUCCGAUUUUUUUAAGAAGAUUAUUCCAUUUGACUUGAAUUGUUUGUCCUGUAGGUGAAUUUUGUCACUAAAAUCUCUCAGCAGCAUUGGAAAUAACUGAAGUUAUCUCACCCUGCUGCAGAUCUCUUAUUUGACAUGAAGAAAAAUGGUUUGAUUUGUUUAGAUGGACAUGCUUAGCAGAGCAGAUGACAGUGGAAGGGCACAGGCCGGACCAAAAUCAUGACACUCUUUUGAUGUUCAAGUAACCCACAUUAACUGACUUCAAAUGAAUUCCCUUUUCUUUUUUGUGUUUACAUUAUUUUGUUUGAAAAGUGACUUAAAUGCUUAAAUGAAGUGAAGUUUUCAUAUGAAGAACAAGUUCAGAAAAAAUCUAAUAAGCUCUUUCAGUCCAAUACUUGUUGAACAGAAUAGUAUUGAUAAAGGACCAACAGAAGCAGAAGUGCUAUAAUCCAUCCAUCCAUUUUCUAUACCGCUUAUCUGUCAGGGUCGCAGGGCCGACACACAAAGACAGACAACCACACACUCUCACACUCACACC